UGCAAGCUUCUCCCCUCUUACCAGCUGAGAUGUAUCUGCCACUCUUCCUCUUCCUCUUCGCCUCCUCCUCUUCGUCUCGUUGAUGGUUCGGUAGAUUAUAAAUUCGAGCCGGCCUCUUGAUCUCAAUUUGUCUCUGAGACAGGCAAAAAUCUCACUUUUUUUCUUUUCUUUACCGCUUAUUUUGUUGAAGAGCUGUUUGUUUCCACCAUCUGAAUCUUGAGAAAAUAUCUUCGGCUCGUUCUUGAUUUCACUGUGUUCUGCAAGGGUUCUUGGCUCUUGCAGGUUAAAUCUCAAGUAUUCGAUCCCCACGCACCCUCUGAUUUUCUGUUCAAAUCUUUAGAAAUUUCCCCCGAUUCGUUGGUUGCCCUAGUUCUUGAGAGAUAAUCCGAUGGGGGAUGUGUCGUUGAACCAGCCGUGGAUCAACGACGAGGCGCCUCCGUGCAGUAUUGCCAAGCAGCGUGAUCAAGUUCAAGGCUUGAGGUCAGCUGGAUGGACAAAUGAGAGGCACAACUCAUACAUAAGUUCCAUGGAGGCAUCCUUUGUAGAGCAACUCUAUGGACAUGAGAACCAUGGGCUUGAUGUGAAUAAGAGGCAUUUUGGUAACAAUGGGUUCAAGGUGAUCCAAGAGGGUCUUUGUAAUAACCUCAGGUUUGAGAGGAAGGAUGUUCACCCGCAUGAUGGGGGCAUAAGAUGCCUUCCUGAGAAUCCGUGGAUAAGGCGUUUCAGGCCACGCAAUGUUGGUGUGAAUCGCCAUGGUGAUGGGGUGGAGGCUUCAGUGGAUGACUAUGGUUCAGGUACUGAUACGGUCCGAGAGAAGGUCCGGACACAUGGAAGAGAAGUGAAGACCUGUGCUGAAGAAAACUUUAUUGGUAAAAGCAAAGAGGUCUCAGAUCAAAACUUUUCUGAAGAGGAGUUUGGAGCCAAUGAUGAACCAUGCAAGAAAAAGAGGCCUACUUCUUCCAGUGCUGUACCAAAUGAUCAGCCAACAUAACCGUAUCUCUUCAUUUGUUGUUGUUUCAUCUGGAAUAUCACAUGCAGCGACAAAAACUGGUGAAACCCAAGGUUUUCUGAAGCUUGAAGGAAGUCAGGGAAGACUUGUUCUGCGAUCCUGCUGAACUACUUGUGAUGGGUCCGGUGCUGCUAGUCUUUUGACCUGGCAAAUUGAAAUGUAUCAAGCGGUAGUACUCUACCGGUCUAUCUUGUGGUGUGGAGGAGCGCAUUAUCAGUUUGUAGGUGGUUUGUUUUCUGCCGAGCGUCAGCGCUGUGCGUAGAUACGCUAUCUGCGAUAGAAUCCUAAUGCCUUUUAUUUGGUGAUUUGAGAAUUUGCCAUGUAAAUUGUAUUGUCAGUCAUUGAAAGAUAGUUGUACUGUCACCUGUUACAAAAAGAAAAAUUGUCAGGCGACUGAUUCUUUUUCUUCUGUCAGUCGAUCAACUCAACCA